GAGGAACUUGUACCUGAUUGCUCAUUUCCUCUCUUCCCUUCCCACCCCACUCCUUUAUCUCUGUUGGCUUGAGUCUCUGGGUCAUACAAAUACUGUGUCUGCUGUCAAGAACUGUUAUUGAAGAUGAGAGAGGGAGACAGAUACGGCUUCUCCCCAGCAUCCUGGGCUAGCAUCAUGAACCAUUCCAGGUUCACUCUGCUGCUGCUAGGACUUUUCUUCCUAGUCCCAUCACAUAGCCAGAGAUCUAUCACAUUGAUCACGCCAAAUGUCAUGCAUCCUGAGCGUGAAGAAACGAUAUUGGUGGAAGCUCAUGAUCUCACCUCUGACAUGACCUUUAAACUCACCUUCUAUGACUUUCCAAAGAAGAAACAUCUCUCUGAUGAGAUCGUCUUCACCCUGGAUUCUAGCAAUAGAACAGCUGUUGUCAAAAUCAAGAUUCCUUCCAUUAUGUUUAAGCCAAACUCACCAUUGAAGCAAUAUGUGACUAUCAAGGUCAAAAGCUCCCAAUCAGAGGUGGAAAAAGUGGUGCUAAUUAGCCACCAUACUGGAUAUAUCUUCAUUCAGACAGACAAGCCCAUCUACACUCCAGGAUCCACAGUUCUCUUCAGGAUUUACACCUUGGACAUUCACCUGAAACCUGUCUCUAAAUAUUUCCAUUUGGAUAUUCAGAACCCAGAAGGCAUUGUGAUAAAAAGUCAAGAUUUCAGAGAUCCUACAGAAAAUGGCAUCUUCUCUUCAACAUACUUCAUACCUGAACUGACCACCUUUGGUACCUGGAAGAUAGUUGCCCGAUAUGAAGAUGCUAUUAAAAGAACUUUCUCCACAGAGUUUGAAAUUAAGGAGUAUGUGCUACCAAGUUUUGAAGUCACAUUGGAACCAUCAGAAAAGUUCUUUUACAUUGAUGGAAAUGACAUGCUGGAAAUUGAUAUCAGUGCUAGAUACAUCUAUGGAAAACCAGUGGAUGGUGUAGCCUUUGUCCUCUUUGGAGUAAUGAAGGAUGGACAUAAGGAAGGUCUACCCCACUCCCUUCAGCGGGUGCAUAUAGAAGAAGGAGUGGGAACUGCCUCUCUGGAUAGAGCCACAGUGCAGCGCCAGUUUGCAAAUCUGAAUGAACUAGUGGGUCAGUCUCUCUAUGUCACCGUCUCUGUGUUAACAGAUACUGGAAGUGAUAUGGUUGAAGCAGAGAGAAGAGGUAUUUCCAUUGUGACAUCUCCCUAUCAGAUACACUUCACAAAAACAUCAAAAUAUUUCAAGCCUGGGAUUCCUUUUGAAUUCAUGGUUUUUGUGACUAACCCUGAUGGCUCUCCUGCUACAGAAGUCCCAGUCUUGGGACAUCUGUUGACAGUUGACUCUGCACAAAGUAGAGUGAAAACACUUGAAGAUGGAAGAGCAAAACUGAUUAUAAAUACUCCUGGGGACCAAACCACAUUAUCCAUCAAUGUAAGUACCGCAGACCCAAGACUCCCUGAUGAGCGCCAGGCAAUUGCAACCAUGGUGAUCAAUGCUUACCGGACUUUUAGAGGGUCCCAGAACUACCUUCACAUUGGAGUUUCCUCCUCAGUAGUUAAGCCUGGCGAUCACCUACACUUGCAGUUCGUGUUGAAGAAUACCAACAUUGAUGUGCAGAACCAGAUCAAGAAUAUCUUCUACUUGAUCCUGAAUCAAGGAAGAAUUGUCAAACAUGGCCAGCAGAUCCGGGGGUUGGGGCAAACAACUGUGUCCAUGACGUUGGAAGUUGAGUCAGACCUGAUCCCAUCUUUCCGUAUUGUGGCUUAUUACUAUGUUAGUGUCUCAGGACACAAGGAGAUCGUGGCUGAUGCUGUCUGGGUGGAUGUGAAGGACACCUGUAUUGGCUCACUAGUGGUAAAAGCAGCAACUCGGGCUGAUGACAUGAUCCAUCCACCAAGCGUUGCCAUGAAACUGAAAUUAGAAGGUGAUCCAGGGGCUUCGGUGGCCUUAGUGGCUGUUGACAAAGGUGUCUAUGUUCUGAAUAAGAAGAAAUUCACCCAGGAAAAGGUCUGGAAUACCAUAGAGGAAGGAGACCUGGGCUGCAGUCCAGGUGGUGGUCAAGAUGUCCUUGAAGUAUUUACAGAUGCAGGGCUGAGCAUGAAGACCACUGUGGGGAUAGAAACCCCCUUGAAGUCAGAACUGGCUUGUAAACCAUUGGGAAGACGUCGACGUCGGCGAUCCUUACAACUCUUGGAAGAAAAAGCUGCUAAAGUAUCUCAGUACCAGGAUCAGGAGCUGAGGCGUUGCUGUGAGCAGGGCAUGAACAGAAACCCUAUGAACUACAACUGUGAGAAGAGGACCUACUAUAUUGUGGAUGAGAGUGAGGCAUGCAAGGAAGCCUUCCUGAACUGCUGCCGCCACAUCCAGGACCUGAAGGACAAGCUCCUGCGUCCAGAUGAUCUCAUCUUAGCCAGAAGUGACUUGGAUGAAGAAAUAUUAUCUGAGGAAAAAAUUGCCUCAAGGAGUCGGUUUCCAGAGAGCUGGCUUUGGGAUGUGGAACAUCUGGCAGUGAACUCCAAAAUGAAUAACAAACUUGCAUCAAAAAUUUUCACUAUAUACCUAAAGGAUUCCAUUACUACCUGGGAAGUGUUGGCUGUGAGUGUCUCCAAGACCAAAGGGAUCUGUGUGGCUUCCCCUUAUGAGAUCACUGUGAUGAAAGAUUUUUUCAUUGACUUGAAGUUGCCUUAUUCUGCAGUUCGUAAUGAACAAGUGGAGAUCCGAGCAGUGCUAUAUAAUUAUAAUAACAGAUAUCCUAUUAAGGUCCGUGUGGAGCUUCUGUACAAUCCUGCAUUUUGUAGUUCUUCUACUGUCAACAAAAGGUAUAGACAAACCCUGACUAUUGAGCCUAGUUCCUCCCGUGUGGUACCAUUAACCAUCAUCCCUCUGAUGCUCGGUAUGCAUGACAUUGAGGUGAAGGCAGCUGUCUGGGGAGCUUAUGUGGCAGAUGGAAUAAGGAAAACACUGAAGGUUGUGCCUGAGGGAAUAAAAAUCAAGCAGACUGUAUUAAAUGUUUUCUUUGAUCCAUCAAAGAAGGGAAAAGAUAAUGAGCAGAAUGUAUUAGUAAAAGCAGCAGAUCUGGAAAACAUGGUUCCAGGCACUGAAUCAGAGACCCAAGUCAUCAUCCAAGGGAACCCCAUUGCUGAUAUUAUUGAGGAAACUAUUGAUGGCAAAGGUCUCUCAGAAUACCUUAGACUCCCAGAGGGCUGUGCAGAACAAACUCUCUCUAAAGCCACCCGUACAAUCAUCAGUACUCACUAUCUGGACAGCACUCAGCAGUGGGACAAGGUUGGAAUUAACCGCAGAAAAGAGUCCAUCAACUACAUUAAAGAGGGUUUUGCAAAAAUGUUGACAUUCAAAAAAUCUGAUCAUUCCUUUGCAACAUUUCCUCAGAAUCCUUCUAGCACCUGGAUGACAGCCUACUGGGUGAAGGUCUUCUCCAUGGCCAGUGGGAUAAUGAACAUUGACAGGCACUCCCUUUGUGGGUCAGUCAACUGGUUGAUACUACAGAGACAAAGACUUGAUGGGUCUUUCUUUGACACAGCAACUCAAUACUCAUAUAUUAUGGGAGGCGAUGAUUACAAAAAUUCUGACGUCGCAUUCACAGGAUUCAUGGUUACUGCCCUAGAGGAGUCCAGGCCAUAUUGUGGGGAAUAUGUACCGAGUUUGAAUGAAACCAUCAACAAAGCUGUGAAUUUCCUUGCCCAGAAGUACCCUCAACUAACUCAAGCCUAUGAGGUGACCCUGGCCUCCUAUGCCUUAGCCCUGAUGGGCAGGCUAGAUAAUGAGUCUGUGCUCCUCAAUGCAGUCAGUGGAGGGGAUCACUGGGAAGAUAAGAAAUCUGUGUAUUACAGUAUUGAGGCCACUUCCUAUGGACUACUGAGUCUUAUACACUUGAAGAAAUUUCAGAUGGCAACAGAAGUGGCCCAGUGGUUGAUGUUACAGAAAAUCUAUGAAGGAACCUAUGGAAGCACUCAGAGCCUUGUCAUGGCAUUACAAGCUUUGGCUGAGUAUCAACAAAAGGCACCUAGACAUAAAAAUGAUUCUUUGGAAAUUUCUCUGCACCUACCAGGCCGUCAGUCAGCCAUCAGUUAUCGAAUAGACUAUUCAAACAGUCUAUUGAGCCAAAGGGCUGAGACCAAAUUAAAUCAAGACUUCACUGUGAAAGCAAAAGGUACUGGACAAGCAACAAUGACGGUUGUCACAACUUACUAUGCCAAACCUGAAGAGCAGGAUUCCCAAUGUCAUAACUUCAGUUUGCGCAUCUCAGUGAAGAAUGAGACUAGGGAAAGUAAACUAGAAGAAACUCUUGGUUCAGUGUCCAUCGAAAUCUGCAUGAGGUUCUUGGGUGUCACUGAUGCUGCAAUGACUAUCUUGGAUGUCUCCAUGCUUACAGGCUUCUCCCCUGAUAUCCAAGAUCUCAAUCUACUUUCUAGUGGAAUUGAGAGGUAUAUUUCCAAAUUUGAAAUCAACAAAUCCCCAUCGGACAGAGGGACCCUCAUUAUCUACUUGGAUAAGGUUUCUCACAAAGAAGAGGAGUGCAUUAAAUUCAAAGCCCACCAGUUUUUUGAAGUGGGUCUAAUCCAGCCAGCAGCUGUCAAAAUUUAUGAAUACUACGCAUUAGAGAAUCGAUGCACCCAAUUCUAUCACUCAACCAAAGCCGAAGGACAGCUCAAUAAGAUCUGCACUGGGGAAGUGUGUCGAUGUGCUGAAGAUCACUGCUUCAUGCAAGAAAAUCAAGAUCAGAUUCGAGAGGAAACAGCCUGUCAUCCUGGAGUGGAUUUUGUGUACAAAACAACACUCCUAAGCAUGAACCAGAGCAUCAGCCAUGACACCUAUAGAAUGAAAAUCCUGAGAGUCAUUAAACCAGGGUCUGAUGAUAGUGCUGAGGGGAAAGAAAGGGAUUUUAUUAGCCACGUGAGAUGCAGAGAUAAUCUGAGGCUAGAAAUCGGUAAAGACUACCUGAUCUGGGGUGCUACCAGUGACCUGUGGAAGAAGUCUGAGGUAUCUUAUAUCAUUACUCAAGACACCAAUAUUGAGAAGUGGCCCAAUAAUGAGGAAUGCAAGGAUCAGAAAAACCAGAAGUUAUGUGAAGAUCUCGAUCAUUUCACCAAGGAGAUGACAUUUGGUUGCCGCAACUAAAAGAAGUGAUCUGGCUAGACUAUAGUAAUAAAUAUCUGUUAAUUAAUUUAUUGAAUACAAAGACAAUUAUGAUAUUCACCUGUCAUUCCCUGCCUUCAAUAUCUGACUUUCUCUUCUACCAUUUAUCCUGUCUAAAUCUUGUUUGUACAUAGUUGCUGGUACAGCAUCUCCACCACUAAACUGCAAGCUCCUUAAGAGCAAGGACUGCUUUUUAUCUUUCUUUGUAUCCUCAGCACUUAGCUGCCUGGCAUAUAGUAGGCAUUUAAUAAAUUUUUUGACUAA